AUGUAUCUGUUUAUUUACUUUUACCUCCUAAUGAGUUUUUUUGAAGAAGUUCAUGGCUUUUGUCCUUCACAAUGCACUUGUGUUUACCACGGCAGAAGUGAUGGCACUGGAACAAGGUCUGUACUCUGUAACGACCCUGAUAUGUAUGAGAUCCCUGUGAAUGUUCCUGUGGAUACUGUAAAACUUCGUAUAGAGAAAACUGUCAUACGAAGGAUUCCGACCGAAGCCUUUUACUACCUGGUAGAUCUCAAAUACCUGUGGGUCACUUACAACUGUGUAGCCAACAUUGAUAUCAGCAGCUUCUAUAACUUGAAACAGCUGCAUGAGCUGAGGCUGGAUGGUAAUCUGCUUUCAACUUUCCCUUGGGAAUCCCUGGCAGAGAUGCCCAACUUACGGACUCUUGAUCUCCACAACAACAAGUUGACCAGCAUUCCCGCUGAUGCUGGCCGCUAUCUGAGGAACCUCACCUACCUGGACCUAUCCAGCAACAAGCUGACCACCUUGCCAUCAGACCUCAUGGACAUUUGGCCCCCCUUCUCAGGAGCUAUUGUGUCCAAGACCACAGACAUUCUGGUGACACAGAGAAUAAUCUUGGGUUUUCAGGACAACCCAUGGUUUUGUGACUGUCGCAUCUCAAAGCUGAUUGAAUUUUCCAAAAUUGUGGACACCUCUGUUGUACUUCUUGAUCCAUUGGUUUCAUGCAGUGGACCUGAGAGCCUGGCAGGAAUCUUGUUCCAGAGAGCUGAGUUAGAGCAGUGUCUUAAACCAUCUGUGAUGACCUCAGCAACAAAAAUCACCUCCCCUCUGGGCAGCAAUGUCCUGCUACGCUGUGACGCCACGGGGUACCCAACACCACAGCUCACUUGGAAUAGGUCAGACAAUAUUCCAGUGAACUAUACAGUAAUUCAAGAAACUCCUGGAGAGGGUGUCAGGUGGUCCAUAAUGAGCCUGACAGGAAUUUCUUACAAGGAUGCGGGAGAAUACAGAUGUAAAGCCAAGAACUUGGCAGGAAUGUCAGAAGCUGCUGUCACUGUCACAGUGGUUGGUGUAGUUACUACCACUGUGUCACCACAGAAGUUUGGGAGGAAGCCAGAGGCUGAGAGGCAGAAUACAACUCAGGAGGAAUCCAAGCAGGAAGCUGAGAGGACAACCACACCUCUUCCAAUCAAACUGACCAGCACAGCUCUGGUUAGCACUGAAAGAUCAACGAGCAUGACUUUGACUGACAAAAAGCAAUCUAGGCUCAUGUUAGAUGGAAAGAAAGUUUCAAAGGCAGUGACAAAUGGAAACAAAAAGCAGAUUGGAGAUUUAAGCAAGAAACGUGAGGAUACUCCAUUGAAUACAGCAGGUAUGGUUGAGCAAAAUGUUACUGUGAAGAACCUAAGAGUGAUCAGUGAAUCUGAUGAUAGAGUGACCUUAACUUGGAAAAUGGUCAAUGCCACAGGCAAUUCUGCUGUGACCGUGCUGUACUCCAAGUAUGGUGAGAAAGAUAUGUUGCCUCUCAGCACUGAUUCCAACAAAAACAAAGUCACAAUCGAUGGUCUGCAACCUAGUACUCAAUAUAUGGCAUGUGUCUCACCCAAAGGCGUGCCACCUACAAAAGAGCAGUGUGUUGUUUUCUCAACUGAUGGGUUAAAUGAUGAAAGCAGCUCUGAGUUUUCUAUUCUGAUAGUGGCCAGCAGUGCAGCAUGUGUGGUUGUUUUACCUUUGAUAUUUUUCCUACUCUACAAAGUUUUAAAACUUCAUUUGAAACCGAAAUCUGCAAAAGAAGCUGAACUUGCAAAAGAGACUUAUGUGCAAUUUGAAACACUGUCGCUGAAGCCUCGAGCACGGAGUGCAGCAGACCAACUCUGGGCACGAAGGUACACAGAUGAGUCAGAAAGACUUCUUCUUUGUUCAAGGUCAAGCAUGGAUUCUCAAAUGACCUUCAAAAGUGAGGGCUCCAGGUCUGAGUAUCUGUGCUGAACAUGAGUGAGGGUGGAGAUGAAAUAAAUAAUAGGCAAAAUUAAUUCAAAAUGGUGAUGCUGCAUCUGGAAGCAGGUUGACACUAGAUGGUGGUCUGAACACGUUAUCUGGUGUAAUAGAGUCUUACUGGAUGGUGCUGGGUAGGAGGGAGAACAGAAGAAAAAUGUUGCCUGUUUAUUUUCUUAUUUUUUAUGUUUGUAAUUUUGGAUGUGAAGGAAUGAUGUUUUUCCAAAGAAAAAUACAUAAUGAAAUGGCUGUAUGGAUAAAGAUAUUUUUUGGUUUUAUUAAAAUAUUCUGUUUUCUCUUCUCUCAUUUUUCCACAUGAUGUGCUAGUGGCAUGUAUCAAACAUGAAUCACAAUCUUCUUGAAAGCCCUGUACUUCAACAUAAUAGGAAAACAGUUUUAGCUACUUCUGUUGUGAUCAAAACUUAUUUGAAUAUUCAAGUUUUCUUCCUACAUCAGCUUGUGCUUUGAGGUGUCAUACAGCUGUUCGUACAGUAUCUUGGGUUGAAGUAUUCUCAAGGCCAGUCAAGACAAAAGUCAAAGUUUAUGGGCUCUUGGAAGGUACAAUAUACAUCAUAUUAUAAUUUUGUAGAUGUUAUUGCAAAGGGCAAAGAAGCUUCUUUAGUGUCCUGAAGCUCAGGUGAACUGACUAACUCUGAGAGACACUAGAUAAUUAUAUUAACUUACAUCAGAUGAUCUUAUUGCAAAAUCUCAGCCUUAGAAUUUACUUGGAUGUGUCUGUCUAUAUACCUCAAUUUCAGAAAUCACUGUACAGAAAAUUCUGGUACUGUGUAAUACAACAAUAUAUUUGUAAUAUAUUUAAGUAUAUUACACAGAUGUUGCACAAUAUUAUGUACUACACUGCAGUAAUAGAAUACCUUUUGAUGUACAGUAAGAGGAGUUUUUGUCCUGAGGGCAUGUUGGAUGCAAAGUUUAAUGAGCAUAGUGAAAGUUAAUUGUGUGUGUGUUUCCCUGUAUUUAAAAAUCAGAAAUUAAUAGUAGCAAUGAAUUCAGAAUUGCCUGUUAAUGGUAAUAAUGAAUAAUUUAUUUUGAGGCUGCUUUUUUUAAUGCCUGAAGUAAAUAAGAGAACUUCUAUUGUUCUAGGUUCAGAUAUUAUGCUUAGAAGUAUGUAUGAAUUGUGAGCCACAGUUUUUCCUGAAAAUUACAGCUGUGUUGUUUUCUUGGACUUUUCUAUGCCUAGAGGAACUGUCUGUUUUGCUAGGAAAUUGGGAAUUGGCAUUUUCCAGAGGGAGAAAUAUUACUUAAAGCUGCAAACCAAAGCUUGGUUUGUCAGCUUCAAAACAGUAGCAUUUCUCAUUGUCACUAAUGUAGGAUGAAAUUUUGCCUACAUCAGCUGGAAUGCUGAUGAGCUGAUUUAGUAAGGCAUAGCUUGGUGAGGGGUGUCAAAAAGCCUCUGACACAAAAUCAUUUCAGGAAAUGAACACACUGAAAAAUCUCUGUAGCACCUACACCAUGGUGUCCAGUGGCCAGGAUUAGUAGAAUGAAUAUUUGAGAUUAUGGGAGCUUUAAUAAAGAAGUGGGUGGGAUGUUCAAAAGUGCAAAAUUAGGUUGCCUGCUUAGAAUUAUCCUUGGUGUUCCUUUCUGUGUUGCAAGUAUGUGUGGCUAAAAAUCAGUCUUUCUUCUUUUUCCAUGAAUAACUUUGAUUGCAAUGAAAAUGGUUUUAGCUUUCUAAGCUAUUUUACUUCGGCAGGUUUUUUUUUGAAAUUUAGGAUUUUUUUUAGGGAAAAGAGACUCUCUGUGUGUCAAAACCAAGGUUCAGCUGACAUUAAUGACAAAUCAAGUUUGAGCAGGACCUGAAGUGUUACAAUAUUUGCCUUCUAUUUUCCUGACAGUGUAGUUGGUAGUUGUUGAAGGUGUUUCCAACUAAAAACACCAUGUUUUUUGUUAAUGAGAACAAUUGCUUUAACUUUUUUUUUUUUUUUUUUUUUUUUUUUUUUGUGGAGAGUAUUUGAUUUCAGGUUUCAAAGCUCUAAUCUAAGCUCUAAAUCUAAUUCUGGAGUUCAAAAGUAGUAUCACCUGACUUAUAGGUGAUACAUCAAUAUAUUGAAUUGAGGUGGUGCACAGCUUGUUGGAGAGAACUCACUUGUGAACAUUAAACCUUUGAGUUUAAUUCCUUGUGGAAUUAGCAUGUCCUAAAAUUAGAAAUUAAUCUCUGGCCACAUGGGCUAUCAGUGUAUCAAAGAUGAAAUUUACUAUCAAGAGCAUGUUCUUUCAAGAAAACAUGUUAUACAUUCUUUUUUGCAUGAUUCCUGAGACAAAAGACUUACAUAAUCCAGACAUGCUUCUGUAACUCACGUCAAAACACCAAAUGUGCUGGGGAAUUUUGGCAGAAAUUUGACACAAAGGGCAAAUCACACAAUAAAGAUGUUUUUAUCACCCAGAAUUGGUUUAAUUAAAGUGCUGAAGAAAUACUUUGCUAGCAGAUGUAAUUUUUUAUAUUGUCAAUUGUUAAUGAUGGAACCGCUGUAAAAUAGAUUUUGUCACCCAUAAUCAUUUGCAUAAUGUCUUCUGAAAUGCAAUACUGGAUCAAGCAUUGGUAUGAACAGUGAGGAUUAUAAUCUGCAUAGGAAAAUUUGGAGAGAUUUUAGCCUGUGUUUAUGUAUCACCUUUCAUAUAUUUUACACUUUGUUUUCUGAAUUCAUCUUGCUUUUCCCAAAAAGAUUAGGCAUGUUUUUAUACAUUACCUACAAUAGAUGUGUCAAAACUGGAUGGCUAAUGAAAUAACUGAGUAAUGUGAGCCGAAUUCUAAGUAAACCUCAUUUUUAUUUAGAGUUUUAGUGAGCAUAGUUCUUAUCAUAAUACUUUUUCAUACUUAUCAUACUAAACCAUAAUCUUGGCUUCACUGUGCACUUACUAAGCCAAACUUAAGGCAUCUGUGCAUCUAUUUUAGUCCUUACCAUUACUUACUGUGGGCUUUAUAUUCCUUGCACCAUCAUCAGGUUUUCAUACUUUGCUCAGGGCAGGAAUUAAGAGAGAAAACUCUUUCAUGUGUAACACGAGAAUGUUUGUAAUAGCAAACCCAUUCACACUUUGGCUAUGUCUAGGGGUCUAAACAAAGGACAUUUCAAACGCAAUACCUUUUCAAAGAAGUAAGUUAAACAGAAGUUGUUUUCAUGUGAAAAUAAAAAAUUGUUUUUAUACAAGGGAGUGUGUUUGCCUGACCCUUUCAUCUUUUGUUUAUAGCUUUAGAAAACAUGUGAUGAGUGUAUCUGUGGGGACAGAAGGAAGUCUGAAAGGAAAUGAGACAAAGAAGGCUGAGAAACCACAGAAGGGUGAUAUCCUAGAGAAUUCUGUGACUGUGUGCCACAAUGUUGUUUACUUGCAAUUCUGCCAUUUAUGUGGCAAGGGUGCUGGGGCAUCUGCAGACAAGUAGCUGUAAAAUGAUGCAUGAAGAUACUGCUAGAUUAUUGCAAUUAUUGGAGCUCCACAUGUGCCCAGUUUUGACAAGGUGGGGUCAGCUAUAAAACUGGAGUGGGGAACAGUGGCACUGGGAGAAUUUGAAGAACGCACUUGAAGCUGGUCUUGUAGUCUGCCUGUGCCCCAGUGAAAGUUGUGAGAGGUUUUUGGAGACCACUGCCUUUUGACUGAAAAGGGAUGAGCAGGUAGCUUAUGAGUCUAUUGCAAAAAAAGAGGGGCAUACUACAAUCAUCCAUCUUGAUCUAUGAUUUUUUUUUUAAAACAACCAGUUUGUUAGAUUUGUGGCUGGGAGGUAAACACAAACUUGAAUCUUCUUCAUGGCCAGAGAUGAAAUUUCAAAAUUAACCUUUUUAAAAUUAUCUAGCUGUGUAUAGAUUGGAAACCUGCUGACCUGGAUGUCUUCUCUCACGGAAUUCAUUGCAUUUUUCUACAUAUUAUAGGAAGGCGCAGAAGCUCCAGGUCAGCAUUUCAACAUUCCUUUGUAAAAAAUGAGAAGUUUUCCAUAGAACAGUUGCUUUCUUUUUUAUUUCACAAAUCACUGAAUUUUUUUUUCUCUGAAUUUCAAGAGAUCAGAGUUCCCUUCAGAAUGGAGGCACAAACAAUGUGUCAUUUUGAUAUAUCUGAAAGACUCCCUUGCUAAACAGAAAAAAAAUCAAGCUGAAACAGCUGGUAUGAAGGAGAUAUUUUUUUUUUAACAAAGCUAUAUUUUCAUAAGUGUUCAAGAUGGGAACCAUUUCAAGCAAAAAGACAGAAAGCAGCCAUGAACAAAAAGACAUAAUAUUCUCAAAUGUAGAAGUAACUGCACUUUUCUCCAUUUUCUAUUUUUUAUGAAAUAACAUCCUAACUGAGUGUUUAAAAAAAAAAAGAAUGUAGAAUUGCUGCAGUAAGAUCAAUAGCACCUGCCAGGUAUAUAUUUUAAGUAUAUUUGUUUUAACUUCAGGUCUGGUAUUUCUGAAAGACCCUUGAUUGGCUUAAGAGUGUUUUGAAAGGAGUUGACUGUGCAAACAACUACAACUAACCUCUCAUAAUAAUGGAAAACCAGUUUACUGACAGUGUAUGAAUGUCUACAUUUUGCAGAAGAGAGCCUCUGACAAGAAAAUACUUUAUUCUAAAGCAUGAUGAGCUAUCAAAGAUUUUACUGAAAUAUCUCCUUUUUUAAGGGGGAAGCAAAGGAAUUUGGUAGUGGUGUGGUUUCUUGGUUUUCGGGGUGUUUUUGUGGGUUUUUUUGUUGUUGUUAUGAUUUUUGAAAAGUUCGAGCAUUUUCUUCUAAGGCCUCUGGUAUAGGCUGCUGGCUCUUGAAAAUGUUACUGGACUAGAUGGAAAGUAAGAACAUUCAAAAUGACAAUUACUAGUAUAUUUGGUGCAACUCUAGUAACUCUAGUUUAAAGUCAAUGUGUUGCUUGUUUGGUCAAGUAAAUGAAUAUUUUGUUGGUUUUAUCUUUUUUUAGUAUUUUUAUUCCUUUAGACGUACAGUUGAAGAAAACUCAAACAAAUUUCUCUAAUACUUCAAAAAGUAAAUUCAUGAACGAAUUUCUAGAUCAGGUUCUUGUAUCAGGUUCUUGCUGUCUCUCAUUUAUUCUUUCUAGUUUAGUAUUGUUGUGGAAAAGAGGAACAAAACACUAUGUAUAGUCUACUUUGUAUUAUUUUCCAGUCUCUAAAGCAGUCACACCUUUGUUGAAGAAAAAGGAAAUUAAAUCCAAUACUCAUAAGUACUGUUUUUUGUAAGAACCUGUUGUAAUUAAUGCUGAUGAAAUAUAAUGCCAUGGACUGAU